AUGGAGGAUUGCAUAGCCCUAAAGUUGGAAGUCGCCGAGCUCCUCAAGAAAGGCUACCUACGGGAGUUCCACUCGGAUAAAGCCAAGAACCUUCUAAAUAAAGAAGGUCCCGGUAUCCCUAUCGAGGCAGCUUCAGCAUUGCCACCACAGCUAGACCGGGUGAUCCACGUCAUCACAGGCGGAUCAGAGGAAAGUGGAAUAAGCAGUGCCGCAGCCAAGAGAAGUGCCAGGAACGGCCAAGAGACCGAGGGUCCCAAGCGCCUACUCCUUGGAACAGAUGAGAUCAGUUUCACUGCAAGGGAGCAGGAGAAGGUCCUCACCCCUCAUCAUGACGCUCUCGUCAUUUCACUUACGAUAGCAAACUGCUUGGUCAAGCGAAUACUAGUAGAUAAUGGGAGCUCCAGUAACAUAAUCUUCCAUUCGGCCUUCGCCGACCUGGGUUUGGAACCUACAGCUCUAACCAGAAAGGCAACUUCCCUCGUAGGCUUCAGUGGAGAAGUCUAA